AUGAGUGAACCAGUUGGAGACUUUGGUCUUAUUGGCCUUGCCGUUAUGGGUCAAAAUCUGAUCCUUAACAUUAAUGAUCAUGGAUAUACUGUAAUUGCUUAUAACAGAACUGUAUCCAAGGUGGAACACUUCUUAAAAAAUGAAGCCAAGGGUACCAAUAUUAUUGGCGCUAGUUCUAUUGAAGAUCUUGUUAAAAAAUUGAAAAGACGGCGAAAGAUUAUGCUUUUAGUUAAAGCUGGAUCUGCUGUUGAUGCUUUUAUUGAGCAAAUCAUUCCUCAUCUUAGUAACGGAGAUAUAAUUAUUGAUGGUGGUAACUCGCAUUUCCCAGAUACAAUUCGUCGAUGCAAAUAUUUGGAAGAAAAAGGUUUCUUGUUUAUCGGCUGUGGUGUAUCUGGUGGUGAAGAUGGUGCUCGCUAUGGUCCAUCUCUUAUGCCUGGAGGUUCUAAAGAGGCAUGGGAACAUGUAAAACCCAUUUUCCAAUCUAUUGCUGCCAAAGUUAAAGAUGAACCAUGUUGCGAUUGGGUUGGUGAAUCUGGUGCCGGUCAUUAUGUUAAAAUGGUCCACAAUGGUAUCGAAUAUGGUGAUAUGCAACUUAUUUGCGAAGCAUAUCAUUUAAUGAAAGAAGGGCUCGGUCUCAGUCAUGAUGAGAUUGCUGAAGUCUUUGUAUCUUGGAAUAAAGGCGAACUGGACUCCUUCUUGAUUGACAUCACGAAAGAUAUCGUGAGAUUUAAGGACGAUGAUGGUACACCCUUAGUUGAAAAAAUUAAGGAUACUGCUGGUCAAAAAGGUACUGGAAAGUGGACCGCCAUAUCAUCACUUGAUCUCGGUGUCCCAGUUACAUUAAUUGGUGAAGCUGUCUACUCUCGUACGCUUUCAGCCUUAAAAGAUGAGCGUGUUCGUGCAAGUAAAAUCUUGAAAGGACCAAAUAAUACUAAAUAUAGUGGUGACAAAAAGCAAUUUGUUAAACAAUUAGGACAAGCUUUAUAUGCCUCAAAAUUAAUAUCUUAUACUCAAGGUUUUAUGUUAAUGCGCGAAGCUGCUAAAGAUAAUAACUGGGAUUUGAAUAAUGCUGGUAUUGCUUUAAUGUGGCGUGGUGGUUGUAUUAUUAGAAGCGCUUUCCUUGGUGACAUUAAGAAUGCUUAUACUAACAAUCCAAAACUUGAGAAUUUACUUUUUGAUCCGUUUUUCAAGAAGGCUAUUGAUGAUGCUCAAGAUUCCUGGCGAUAUGUUAUUUCACAAGCAGUUCUUCUUGGUGUUCCAACUCCAGCAUUUUCAACUGCUUUGGCUUUCUAUGAUGGUUACAGACAUGAAAAGUUGCCAGCUAAUCUUUUGCAGGCUCAAAGAGAUUAUUUCGGUGCCCAUACUUUCAGGUACCUUGACGAAUAUGCUGAUGAAAAGCAUCCUAAAGAUACUGAUGUUCAUGUUAAUUGGACUGGACAUGGCGGCAACGUGAGCUCAUCAUCUUAUCUUGCUUAA